GUCCGAUCUUGGGCUCUGCUCUCCUUCCUACGCAUCGCGUGUGGUGCGAGCCACGACUACUCGCCGUUUUCCAACCCUCUAGGCAGCCUCCCCGAAGAUGCGCUUUUGGUGAAGCGACAAGGUUGUCAAGCUGGCCUCGAGUCUUGCUCAGGCCUAGGAGCAAAUAACGUAUGCUGUCCCUCGGGGACGACAUGCACAUUGGACCAGGCUGAUCAAGUCGCUUGCUGCUCGGUGGGUGUGGCGUGCACGGGAUCAAUAGAGGGAACUCUCACUGGGUCAAUUGCGACUUCAUCAACCACGGGAGCCGCAUUAGGGAGCACAACCACAACAACUGGCGGUGCCAUUUCGAUCACUGGAGUGGGCGGUGGUGGGUCCACGGUACCCAACUCAUACUACCCUUUUAUCUACGCCCCGACCUCCUUCCCCAACGCAGACCAGUGCUCUAGCGCGUUCACGAGCUGUCAAGCUGCCUCGACUGCUUGCUUCACUUCCCUAGCUGGUGCCAAUGGCGUGACAGUUGGAGGCAUUAACGGCGGCGGGAUCACGGUGCAAGGGGUGUCUGGAACCAUUUUGAGUGCUGCAAGCAGCAUCUGCAGCUCGUUGAGCUCGGUGGGAUGUUCCAACCUACAACAAGUAUCUCAGUGCACAGUAUUUGGCAGCGGUUCGGGCGUUACACCUACUACAAUAGCUGGGACCAACGGGAUUAUUCAGAUCGGUAACAAUGGGCCACGCCAGACGGCGUGUCCGGGGAUGCUGUAUGCCGCUGGAGCUGGAGCCGUGAUAGGGGCAAUGGGCGGUGUCAUGUGA